CUAUUAGUUCGUUGUCAUGGUAACGGUUAGUGAGCGUUCUUUUAGAUGUGUGCUAAUUGCAUUAAUUUGAGAUAUGGAUUUUCAACCUGCAUUAGGAUUUGAAAAUGAAAACUUUGACUUUUCUACUUCAGAAGAUUUAGCCAAAGUUUGUCAAAUAAUACAUGAAAGAACUAUACUGUCAUGUUUGAAACCAGAUAUGUGGCAAGAUUGUCAUGAUGAUAUAAUUUUUCGCUAUUUAGUGGAUGCUUCCCAACAUCUUUUAGUCUUUUACAUUAAUAAAGAUGGUAAAUUAUGUGCUGAUACAACAAUGCCAACAUAUUAUGUGGAAGAACUUUGUUAUUUCCUUAAAGCAAAUGAUUUUGAAAGAAUUACUUAUGAGAAUCUUCCUUGGUCACUUCAGUAUGGAACUAUAAAAUCUGAUUAUUUAAAUAAUUUAUUAAAACAGAUAUCAAAAAUAUAUGCUCCAAUAUUAUUUAGCAACAAAACUUGGCCAAGUUAUGUGAAAAAUGAUUUUUCAUUUCAACUUCAUAAAUUUCUUGCUAAUUUAACAGAUUGCAGUUAUCAGUUAAUUAGGAAGAAAGUUUUAUAUAUACCAGAAGAAGGACAAGAUGUAUCAGUUGAAGAUGCAGUUAAUGAUAAAGAACUUGUUCAGAGAUUGGAAGGUGUUGUUUUGCUUUGGGUGCGUCAAAUUAAAGAAAUUUUGGGUACUCAAAAUGCUGCAAAUCAAGUGGAAACAAUAGGACUAUUGGAAGAAAUACAGUUUUGGAAGCAAAGAUGUGAAGAUCUUUCAAGUAUUAGUGAACAAUUACAAAGAUCUGCAGUUCAUCAUAUUUCUUCUAUUUUAGAAGCAUCAAAAUCUCCCUGUCUUAAUGAGUUUACAAUGCUCUCUCAUGAAAUUCAGACAAGAUCAAAUGAAGCAUUUAAUAAUUUAAGAUAUCUAUCACUUCUGAAAGAACCAUGUGAAGAAAUAGCUAAUUCAUCUUUGCCAGAAAUACCUGAACAGUUACAACAUAUUUUCAAUCUUAUUAGAAUAAUUUGGAUUCAUAAUCCUCAAUAUAAUAAUGAUACUGUUAAAAUUACCUGUUUAUUUAGAAAACUUAAUAAUGAAUUGAUCAGGAGAUGUAGUCAAGAGAUAAACCUAGAGAGACUUUUUAAAAUGUAUGCCAUAUCAACUAAGAUGGCUGUAUUAGAAAGUAUGGACUGUUGUGAGAAGUAUAAAGACAUUUAUUUAAAUGUUUCAAAUAUGCAUAAGAAAUUUUCAUCUGUUCCUUGGGAUAUAGAUGAAGUUGGUGUUUUUGCAUCAAUUGAUGCUUUUAUACAACGAUGCAAAGAUGUUAUUGAGGUAUGUGAUUGUGAAAUGCAGUUUGGUCGUUGGCAAGAUGGCAAACAAAUAUCACUUCCAAAUUUUAGUGGACAGAAAGGGUUUGAAAUUACAAAAAAUUUAAAAGAAAUAGAAGAUAAUUUUAUGUAUUCUUUAAAAUUAUUAAGUGAAGCGAAAAAUUCAGCAUUUGAUGUGUGGUCAACAACAUGGCAUAAACAUUAUAGAAUUUUCAGGAAUAGUAUUCAAGAGUUAGAAAGAAGUGUUUUAAAUGUUAUUGCACAAGGUUUUGAUUUAGUGAAAACAGUUAGUCAUGGUUUAGAAAUUUUACAAGCAUUUUCAAGUAUUUCUGCCAGAGAGGAAGUUUCACGAGGCAUUAAUAAAUUUGUUUCACAGAUAUAUAUACUCUUCAACAAAGAACUUGAUGCAGUAAAACUUGAUUUAUUAAAUAAAAAAGUCUUUUUGCAUCCACUUGCUCCAAAAUAUAGUGGAAUGGCUCAUUGGGCAUACUUACUUUUACAAAGAAUUCAAAUUCCUAUGCAGGAAUUGAAAGAAGCAAAUUGGUUAUCAAAGUCAGAUAUGGAAGAAGAUGCAUUAAUCAAAUAUCAACAACUUUUUCUUAUGUUAAAAGAUUUUAUACAAUAUCAGUAUAACCAGUGGUGCAAAAUUUCAGAAAAAGAAUCUGUAAUAAAGUUGAAAGUACCUCUAGUAAAGAAAAGUGUAAUUGAAAAUGGAAUGCUUAAUUUGAAUUUUGAUAGAAAUAUUCACAAAUUAAUACAAGAAAUUAAUUAUUGGGAACAGAUGAAAUUUGAAAUUCCUCAAUUUCUAAAUGAUAUUAAUGUAAGGAAAAAUGAUAUUUUAAAAAUUCGAGAAAAUGUUAUGGUUGUUAUUCGAGAAUAUAAUGGAAUUUUGCUGAUGCUUUCUCCUGAAGGAAAAGGACUAUUUUCUCAAAAAAUAAAAUUUCUUGAUAGAAAACUUAAUCCUGGUAUUACUCGUUUAACAUGGUUAACAACAGACGUUCUAAAUUACUUUGUAACUGAUUGUAAAGAUAACUGUUCAAAUGUCAAGAAGACUGUUGAUAAAUAUAAGCAAUGUAAUGCAGUGAUUUCAAAUCAUCUACAAAAUUUGAGUAAAAUUGUUUUAUUUGAUACAAAUAAAUCAGUUCAAUACACUUGUGAAGAAUUUAAGACUUUUCAAAUGAAUUUCAAAAACAAAUAUCAUCAAGAAAUGCUAAAUAUUUAUGACCUGAAUGACCCUGGGAUGGGUAGAACUCAGGAACCAGUCAGGAGGGUGCUAAGAAUCUGCAGAGUCUAA